AUGGCCGAGCAGCCAGCUGUGGAGAAUGCAGUAUUAUAUGGUAGGCGAGGUACAAUCAAAGGUCAAUUGACAAGGUUUGUUACUUUCGUGUCUGCAGCAGCACAGAAAGGUGGGGAUAGGACUUCACUCAAAGUACGCCGACAAAAAAUUGAAGAAGUAUGGAAUGAAUUUCAAAAGAUUCAGGCUGAAAUUGAAGAACUCAGAGAUCCAGAAAGCCCAGAAGAUCCAUACAGAAUUCAGUUUGAAGAAAUGUACUUUGAGGCAGUAUCAGAGUAUGAACGAAUAUUGGCUAGUGAUCAAGCAGAAAUAGAAGAAAUAAAUCACACGGUAGAUAUUCGAAACACAUCACAACCACCCAUAAUGACGUCAACACUAACAAACAGUUGUGUAUCUAAUCAACCAUCAAUUGUAAAAUUAGCGCCAUUAAGUGUACCUACAUUUAGCGGCAGCUAUAAAGAAUGGUCAACAUUCAAUGAUAUAUUUAAUGCGUUAAUUCACGAGAACGAAGCAUUAACUGAUGUACAAAGGUUUUUUUAUCUAAAAGCAGCUUUGUCGGGCGACGCAUUGAAAGUAAUACAAUGCUUCGAAACAUCGGCAAAAAAUUAUAAGAUAGCAUGGGAUAGUUUGAACAACAGGUUCAAUAAUAAACGGAUUUUGGUGCAACAACAUACAAAAGCCAUUUAUGAUAUAAAACCAGUUAUCGAGGAAUCAGCGGACAAUCUGCGAAUGUUUACUGACGAUUUAGUCGGCAACAUGAAAGCACUAGAAAAUUUAGGCCACGAUGUUAAUUUAUGGGGUCCUCUGAUGAUUCACGUCAUAUCAACAAAACUUGACACAAACACAUUGCGAGCGUGGGAAAAGCAAGCACCAAAAACUGAAGUCUCAGAAGUCAAAGACAUAAUUGAAUUUUUAAAUAAUCACUGUCAACUAUUAGAAGCGGUUGAAAGUGCAAAAAGGUUAAAUGAAUGCGGUGACAAUCAAAAAAAGGAAAAGAAACGAUUUGAUUAUCAAAAAAGGACCGUAUUGCAUGCGACUUCAAAAAAAUUUAAAUGUUAUUUAUGCAAUGAAACAACUCAUGCUAUAUAUCAUUGCAAAAAAUUUUUAGACCUAACAAUAAAAGAGCGUCAUCAAAAGGUUACUCAAUUAAGCAUUUGUAAUGUAUGUUUGGCUCAUCAUUCAGAAAACCAAUUAUGUAAAUUUUCAGGCUGCAGGAAAUGUGGAGAAGCACAUAAUACAUUACUUCACAUACCCGAAGAGCAAAGUGAUGAACAAAUCAUAAGUACACAUGUGACGUGUGCAGAACAAAAACAAGUUUUGUUAUCAACAGCAAUAAUAAAAAUUAAAAGCCAUUUUAAUGAAACAUUCAUUGUAAGAGCACUGCUCGAUUCAGGCUCUCAAACUAAUUUUAUAACCACUGAGUUAGCGCAAAGAUUAAAAUCGCCACGAAAAAGAGUAAAUAUUAGUAUAUCUGGUGUAGAUAAUUCUAAAGGUAAAUCAUUUUACUCUAUAACAACAUUAAUUCAGUCACAAAAUAGUAAUUACAGUAGCCAACUCGAUUUUUUAACGUUAUCAAAAAUAACUUCAUUUUUACCAAACGAAACAAUAAACACAACUGGUAUAAAUAUACCUAAUAACGUUAAAUUAGCUGACCCACAUUACGACGUACCUGGCAAAAUAGAUGUACUACUCGGUGCUGAAUGUUUCUAUAGUAUACUAAAGGCCGGUAAACAUAAGGUAGAUGCAACUGAAAUAAUUUUCCAAGAAACAGAACUAGGCUGGAUAGUUGCGGGAUCUGUGUCCAGUUUAGCACAAACAACUACAAAAACAUUUUUCAAUUCGAUUGUAAUUGAUAACCAAGUAAAUUUAAAUGAUUUGAUGUCAAAAUUUUGGCAAGUAGAAGAAAUGGGUUCAAACAAAAAACUCAGCAUUGAAGAAAGGUCUUGUGUCGAGCAUUUUGAACAAACAGUAAAACGUGAACCUACGGGAAAAUUUAUUGUUGAACUCCCACUGAAAAACAACGUUGAAUUACUUGGUGAUUCAAAGGCAAUGGCGCGGCGACGUUUUCUAGCUACAGAAAAUAAUUUACGAAAAAAUAAUGAUCUUCGUGUAAAGUACAUUGAAUUUAUGGAUGAAUACUUAAAAUUGAAUCAUAUGGAAGAAUCGCAAUCAACAAACGAAAUAUCAUACUAUAUGCCACACCAUGCUGUUUUACGCAACCACAGUGCAACAACACAAACCCGUGUUGUAUUCGACGCAUCUGCACAGUCCACUUCAGGAACAAGCUUGAAUCAAAUACUUAUGAAAGGGCCGGUAAUUCAAGAUGAACUUAUAUGUAUUUUAGCACGCUUUCGGGUACACAAGUACGUGCUGUCAGCAGAUAUAGCUAAAAUGUAUAGGCAAAUAUGGGUAGCUAAAAAGGAUAGAGUUUUGCAAAAAAUAUUUUGGCGAUCUCAACCACACGAAGAAUUAAAAGAAUAUUGUCUGUCAACAGUUACAUAUGGAACCACAAGUGCUCCAUACAUCGCUACGGCGUGUCUCAAAAAAUUGGCAGAUGAGAAUUGCACUAAAUAUCCGUCGGCAAGCAAAGCAAUUUCGACAGAUUUGUAUGUUGACGAUUAUUUGGGCGGCGCAAACACUAUUGAAGAAGCCAUAACACUGAGAGAUCAAAUAAUAAAAAUUACCGAUAGCGCUGGGUUUACAUUAAGAAAAUGGAUAUCAAAUGAACCGUCAUUGUUGUCAACUAUAAAGAACAUAAGUAAUGACCCGCAUUAUGUUAUGAAUAUUGACGGCAGCGCAAUAAAAACGUUGGGCUUAUUGUGGAGUCCAUGGGAUGAUUAUUAUCAAUACAAAUAUAAUGACAUCGAAUCAAGUAAACAAUCGAGUUCUAAACGUACAAUAUUAUCUACUAUAGCGACAAUAUUUGACCCGCUCGGACUAAUAGGACCGGUUGUAGUAUCAGCGAAAAAGAUAAUGCAACAGCUAUGGCAACUGAAAACGGAUUGGGACGACGAGCUGCCCGCACACAUUAGUCGGGAAUGGGAAGCGUAUCGUAACGAACUAGUAGAUAUCGAAAAAAUAAAAAUACCGCGAAGAAUAAUUGGUUGUAACAAUGUGUGCGACAUGCAAAUUCACGCUUUUGCGGACGCGUCGAUCAGUGCAUACGGUUCGUGUAUUUAUUUAAUGGCAAAAGACGCAGACGGGUCGCGUAUAGUUCGACUUAUUGCGUCAAAAUCGCGAGUCGCUCCAUUAAAAGUUAUUUCACUCGCGCGACUGGAACUGUGUGCCGCCGUAUUAUCAGUGCGUCUCGUCAAUAAAUUAAUUCCAAAACUUAAUUGUUGUACAAGUAAAAUAUGGUAUUGGUCAGACUCACAAAUCGUUCUUGCAUGGAUAAAUUCACCAUCCUCUCGAUGGAAAACGUUUGUUUCUCACCGCGUCGGAGAAAUACAUAACACUUCUACGGCUGCACAAUGGAAGCACGUACGUUCAACGGAUAAUCCGGCAGAUAUCAUAUCCCGAGGAUGCAGUCCAAAAGCACUAAUAGAAAAUAAAUUAUGGUGGACAGGUCCAACGUGGCUAACUCAUGACGAAUCAAAUUGGCCUAAUAACAAUUGUCAAAAAAUUAUAGUAGUAAAAGAUGAUUUAGAAGAAAAACAAUUCGUAGUCACAUUAACAAAAAUUGAAAAGUUUGAUAUCACGGAACGGUUUUCAUCAUUAACUAAAUUACUCAACAUAACAGCGUAUAUUCUAAGAUGGAGAAAAAUUGUAAGAGAUAAGCGGUCGUCAAAUUCAAAAUGUAUUUACACUAUUUACAUCGACCCAGAAGAAACUAUUCGGGCUAGACAAAAAUUAUUGUUAGUCGUGCAAUCUCAAUAUUUUUCUGAAGAAUUACAAUGUUUACAUAAAGGAGAGUCAAUAAAAAAGAAGAGUAAAUUGUUUUUUCUUAACCCUUUCGUCGACAAUAAUGGUUUAAUUCGUGUUGUUGGCCGGUUAAAUAAUUCAGCGUCCAUUAGUAAUGAUAGAAAAAAUCCAAUUUUACUACCAUCAAAAUCAGCUUUCACUAUGCUACUAUUCAAGUAUGAACAUAUUCGAUUGCUGCAUUCUGGGCCACAGGCUUUAUUAGCGGCUGUUCGUGAACAAUAUUGGCCCAUCAAUGGACGAAAUAUAGCAAGGUAUACUGUGCAUAAAUGCAUACCUUGUUUCAAAUCUAAACCAAUGGUAUUUCAACCGAUUAUGGGCAACUUACCGAGCACGCGAGUUACAAGUUUCGACAAAGCAUUUUAUGCAACGGGCGUGGAUUUUUGUGGGCCUAUCUAUAUUAAAAAUAGUUUAAGACGAAACUCUACUAAAAUAAAGGCAUAUGUAUGUAUUUUCGUGUGCUUUUCUUGUAAGGCCGUUCAUAUUGAACUAGUAGGUGACUUAACAACAAAUGCGUUUUUAAGCGCACUGAAACGAAUGUGGAGUCGUCGAGGUAUCGGAAAAUUUAUUUAUUCAGAUAACGCCACAAAUUUCGCAGGAAGCAACAAUAGAUUGAAAGAAUUAAAAAAUUUAUUUUUAUCGAAAAAUCACCAAGAAGCUGUGAAAAAUUGA